AUGAGAGUAAAAUAGGGAAUUAUAUCACUGGCAGUAGUGUCAUUCUUAAUAGUUGGAACUAUUUCUCACGCUGGCCACAAUCAUAACCAUGAUCACGAUCACCAUGAUCAUGACCAUCAUGGACAUGAUCAUCAUGACCACCACGAAGAGCAUGAGGCCAUCAAGAAUCAUGAGUAAAAGUUCUAAAAUAAGGAUAAGCCAGAAGGAACAAAAAAAGUAGACUAUUUAAAGGAAAUCGGUGCUGCUGAAGACCUAAAUAAUAUAAAUCUAUCUAAGCUCCAAAAAGAAUUGAAGUAGAAAUAGAAUGAAGAUGAGCAUGAUCAUAAACAUGAAAAUUAACACGUGCACAGUCACGAAGAGCCACACGAGCAUAAUCACGACUGUAAAGCUCAUUCAUGCAAUGAUAAGCACCACGAUCACGAUCACAGUCAUGGUCACGAUCAUCAUGACCACGAUCAUCAUGACCACGAUCAUCACGGACAUGAUCACCACGGACACGAUCACCACGGUCACGGAGAAGGUGAAUGUCCUUUCGCUAAAUAAGCAAAGGAAUAAAAACUCAAAUAAUAAGCUGGAAGAGGAUUAGAUGACCAUCACCAUCAUGACCACAGUCAUGGUCAUAGCCAUUCCCAUUAAGAGGAGAACAUCCAUGUUUAAUUGGUUAACACACUGCUUAAGUUUACCUAGGCUGAGAAAGCUUUCCUAAUCUUCAAUAAGCUCAUCAGACCCCUUCCACAGAUUGCUUAAGCCUUGGCUUCAACUCUAUUCAUUUCAAUAGUGCCCAUAUUUUUCAUUUACGGAAUGAACAUCAUGUUCUUAACUUCACCGAGAUCAAGAGACUCAGUUAUCUGCUAUCUGAUAUCAUUUGCUAUUGGAGGACUGUUAGGUGAUGUAUUCUUCCAUACAUUGCCUCAUCUUAAUUCUGGUGGAAAUUAGUCUCACAGUCAUGCUCAUAGUCAUGAUGAUGGCCAUGGACAUGGACACUCACACGACCCAGCAUAAAUGAUGAAUAACUUGAUUAUUAUAGGAGGAAUAAUAUCGUUCUUCUUGAUAGAGAAGCUAGUUGAAAAUGUUGUAGGAGGGGAUGCUCACAAUCACAGUCAUGACCACAGUCACAAACACUCUCAUGAAGAAGAAUAGAAGGUGGAAUCCAAGGGUGAUAAAAAAGGAAAGAAGGAAGGCAAAAAAGAAAAGAAAGAAGAGAAAAAGCCAAAAAAAGCAGAGAAGUCUCUGGAAGAAAUCUAGAAGGAAAAGAGGUACACUUCUUACGCAGUAAUGACUCUGGUUGGAGACUUCCUACAUAACUUCACCGAUGGACUCUCUAUUGGAGUUGCUUAUGUCGCCAACUACAAAAUGGGAGUUGUGACUACAAUGGCUAUGUUUUUCCAUGAGAUUCCUCAUGAGGUCGGUGACUUUGCUGUCUUAUUCUAACUUAAGUUCGGCAUUUGCAAGAUUCUUGGCUUCCAACUAACUACAGCAAUCGGUGCUUUGAUUGGAACAGUCAUUGGCAGUGUUAUCGGUUAAUUCUACAUGAAUCAGUGCUUGGCCUUCACUUCUGGAGGUUUCUUAUACUUCGCUAUUAACGGCCUGCUAAGCGAGCUGAAGCAAGUCAACAGCAUUCCUUCAUUAAUCCUAUGUUUAUUCUCAAUGGCUCUGGGACUCUACUUCAUGUUUGUAGAGAGCAUGAAUAGUAUUAUUCAUCAGUCAUAGACUAGUCUCUAUGACAACCAUGAAUAGCCAAGUGAGUUUCUGCACAAUUUAGCACCUUUGUCUACUAUCCAAGACGAAUACAGCGCCCGCAAGGACAAGUUAUUUGCCUCUUCAUCAAAGAAAGUCUAGCAAGUGGACUAAUCCUAGUCUAAUUGUGAGAAUAAACAAAGUAACAUGAAAACUUAGAUAAAAAACCCGUAAAAUCAUCAAAAUCCAAUAAAUCACCGUCAUCAUCAGGAUGAGUCAAAAUCAUAGAGAAGUAGCAGACACAAUCAGGAAAAGAUACCUCACCAUGAUAACUCUGAGCUUUUUGAACAAAUUAAAAGUCUAAAGCACAGAUUCGAGCAGAAACUUUCGGCAAGAGACCUAAGGUAGAAUAACCCUUUGAAUGAGUCAAGUCAAUCACUAGUCAAUCUGCUAUCCUAGAAUAGUAUCAUAGAAGAAAGUUCCUAUAUGAAUUCCGACUACUAUCAAUCCUCAUAGAAGAACACUUUAGACAAGAAAGCUUCCUCAUAGAUCUUUGACUACACUUAGAUGCUUUCAGCUUCUGUUAUUAAAACAAUUGAGCCUUUAAUCGAUCAAUAUAUAGAGAAAAAGCUAUAUAAUUACGACCAAAAGAUACUUGAUUUUUAAACUAAAAUAGAAUACUUGAGUAAAUGCUAUGAGCUUAAGUUAGAACUUUACUAGCAAUAGAUUUAAAAUCAGAUACACUAGAUCAAGACACGUGCCUCUCUAUAGUAAUAGUAGUAUUUGAAAUAAUAGAACUCAAAUAGCUUUGUCAAUAGUCAAUAGGUGAUAACUCAAAGAAGUAAUUUCGAUUAGCAUUAAGAAGGUUAAAAUCCUGAGAAAAGCAGUUUUCUAACUUAUCUUUAUGACCAUCUUGAUGACAAGGUCUAACCUUUUAAACUCGAAAGCAAUGAUUUUGUUUUGAGUGCUAGUGCAAGCAAUAUAGGAUCGAUAAGGAACAGUCACAAAGAUAAAUCUAAACAAAAUGGCUUUCAGGAUGAGAGAUUAAGACUAGAUCUUUCAAAAUUAUAAAAUAUGAUAGAGAGAGAGGCCUCAUAGUCUGUCAAGUCAUCAAAUUAGCACUCACUUGGAAAGGAUAUAUUCAGCUAGAAAGAUGAAUCUGAAUACUCAGCCAAGAAUGAAAAUAAAUGUAGUCAAAUGAAUAAUUAAAACCAAAGAGGAUUUAGAAUUAUAAGUAAGUAAGGCAAUGAUAAGAGGACCAACUAGGAGAUGUUUUAAUAGGAAUAAGCAAAUGAAAUAAGAUAAAGGCUUCAACACUAGCAAUUGCAAAUAAAGCCUAGACAAUCACAAGGAUAGGUUGAAAGAGGUUUUGAAAAUUGGUAGUUAGAAAAAGAAAAUAAUAAAAAUCAGAUCAACUAAAGAUAAGACCGCCAUAACGUAAAUGACCUCAAUGAUCAUCAUUAAAUUCAGCAGCACCGUCAUUUGAGAAUAACUUCAACUCAUGAUAAUCUCUCUGAGAUAUAGCAGACAUCUUUAGACCAUAAAUUUUUGGAGUAUUCUAUUUUUUCAAGGAGAGAUGAAAGUCAAAGUAAUUUUGAAGAAGAAAUUGAAGUCCAUGAUAUGAGCUUAUCAUAGCUUUAAAACGAAUGA